AUGUCGAUUUAUAUUGCAGUUCACGAACGAGACUUUGAUAAAGAUGAGGGCUGUUUAUGGAAAGAAGGGAAGAAAAUUGGUGGUCAACUAUCACAAUUAUUUCCCAAGCUGGUGAAAACGACCAGAACACUCGUCGAAACUCCAAAUUGUACGGCUUCCCAGCAAGAUUUGAUUAUAGAAUCUGGAAUUUUCAUCAAGAACUGCACAAAGCUUCUAGACAAUUUUGCAAUUCUGAACGAACAUGAGGAAAGUAAGAGGAAACGUCAGGAUUUGAUUGACAAGUUGCACAUUGAUCGACUGCAAUCAAAGAAAAAACGAGCUCUGCGUGAGGUCGAGAAGGAAAAAGAGCGCAAAGCAUCGCUGGAAAAGCAUCACACAAACGCCGAGUUUUUCUACAAUAUCGACAAGAGCGUUGCUGAGCCAGCAGCUACUUUAGCAGCUGUUUUGACAGAUCUCGUGCAAGACUGGAACCUGUCCAAACGACUCUGCCACCCAACAAAACUCGACAUUCUAUGGAAAACGAUAAAAAUGAUCAACGAACGCUUCAUUUACUUCGAACAAGUUGGGAAAUUCGAGGUUUCAGCUCCUGAAAAGAGGGAUAGAAACGAGGACAUGACGCAACUAGCCAACUUUCAUUUCGCGCUCUCGUAUUUACUCGUGGUCGUCAACUCGUGGGUCGGAUCUAUUCAUUCUGGCGACGAAGCAGCUUGCGAAUCCCCUUCUGUAGACAUGAAACUCAUCCUCGAAAAGAUGGAGAACACAAUCGUCUACAUUUACAAUAUGACUCUUAAUACGAGCUUCGUUGGCAAAUGUCACGAGCUAAUUCGAUGCUUUCUGAAGGUCUGUCAUCUUUACGAGGAGAAAAAAUGGAAUGAAAUUCCAUCCCAGCAUCCAGUAAUUUCGAAGCUCUGUGAUUCUAUCGUCCUUACUCUUCCGCACUUCGCAUCUUUUGACUCUGCGUUGAAGGAAAUGGUCGUUGCUUCGAAAGAAACUGGCUCCAACUCAGUCGACAAACAAGAAUUACUCGCCUCCCUCCUAAAAUCUCAUGAGCUACUGUCAGAUAUCUUCGGUUCUUCAAGUACCGACGUUAUUGAAUAUGCCGCCUCAGCGCUAUCCUUUGCGGAGAGCAUGACAAAAGUAUCAUCUUUGAUUCCAGAGAAAGCAUCAAAACAGUGGAAAGCGAUGGCGAUUGAAGGAUCUGAAAUAAUUCUUUGCUUACGGAAAUUAAGCGAAAGUACUCUCUGCGUUAAUUAUCAAGAUCGGCUUUUACGACAAGUGAAAAACUUCCACGAUGCUCAAGAAGAACUUCUGAAAGAAAUACUCGACAAAGAAAAAGCUCUGAGAACAUCAACAAUUCACCGAAUCGUCCGACUCAAAGGCGUUUCAAAAUACAACUGCGACGUCGUAUCGAGUCAAACUUACUACGAAGCAGCUUCGGAAAUCAAAAAGAUCUGUGAUGAUCUCUAUAAUCUGGCGAAAGAAACUUUUUCGGAAGAAAACGCGAACAAACUGGUGAUGAAAGCUUUUGAUCUGAUCGAGUCCGAACAUACGCUCAUGUGGCUUAUUGUGACCGCAGAUAGUAAAAAUACUUUUGGAAAGAAGUGCGAGAUUGAUUACAGACCUUUCAAGCUGAAGAUAAAUUCUAUCAGAUUGGCGCUUAGAAAUAUCGUCAAAACACAAGUGAGCGCGCACACUCUCAUCACAGAAGUAUUCCGACUACAAAAGCUAUCGAACGAGUUGUGCUCCACAUGCACACGUCUCAGCUCCUGGAGUAACAAGCACAUGCGCGAAUAUUUACUUUCGGCCGGUGAAGACAUAUCUAGCUUGGCAAAUGAUAUGGCAAAGGAUCUGAAAGAGUGGAAUGGUGAUCCAGAAAAACGAACACCACUCCACCGCCGAGCUGGAGCAAUGAUGCGUCUCAUCAGCUCGAUUGAAGAUCUUACAACCGGUCCCGAAUUCGCAUACGAAUACUCUCGCUUUACAGAUGCUACAAAUUUGGCUAUUCAAGACUUUAGACAAAGUGUGAUUCUCAUCCUUGAUAAGCUCAUCGUCACAAUUGAUGCACCCUCAUCAGCAGCACAAGAAUCCCUUUCUUCCGCUCUGCAGAGUUGCCAGGAAACAAUUCUCUUCCAUGCACCUGGUCAAGCUCAGUGCAAUAAGGCACUUGCAAAUUUCGCAUCCAUCACUCAGAAGCUUCAACAGGCCUUUGUAAACGUCGAUGGUGGUCAGCCUAUACUCGAUAAAUAUCCAAGGGGCUCACUGCGAGAGCAUCUUCAAGAUGCUUCAGCUUUAUUACAGGACUUGGAGAGUCAGCAUAAUUCGCUUGCAGCUUCCUCGACAUCCAAUCCAAAUAAGCUUGGAAGCGAUGUUCUCUUGCUCAAUUCAACUGUAGAAAAAAUUGUUGAAAAAGUCAUGUACGCGUGCUGUAAAACAAGGAAGAAGGUUCGUCAGCAAAAAUUCUUGACUGCCAUCAGCAACUAUAUCGAUCCAUUGACUGAAUUCGUAAGCUGUUGCAGAGAAGCUGGCGGAAAUCCCCAAGCUAAGCAAACCCAUCAUGGCCCUUUCGCCAAACUGCUAGCUGUCCGAUGCGCGAAAGAAAAGCUCUGCGAGGUGCUCGAAGAUAACCCAGAGCAGCAGCUCUUCGGGCUCACUUAUAUGCUCGAUCGUGGUUUCAAAAAGCUUGAUUUGUUGAAAAGUGGGAGUCCCGAUGUUUCAAGCAGAAGACCAAACGAAAACCAAACUUUUCUGCAGCUGGUCAACAAAAUCUUUUCAGUUCUUUCGAUAGUUUGCCACUCAAUGUCUCAAAUUCGCACUUGUGAUGAGAAGAAUCUCAAGUCCAUGGCAAAAGUCAUUAUCAAGGAUUGGCUUGAAUUCAUCGACCUUCUUGGUUAUGUCCAGGAACUGAAUACUCCUAUAAUUGCCAAAGCACUGCCAUAUGUCGACGAUUUCUCGUCAAGACUCUCGGAGGCGCUGAGGAGCUCUUCUGAUAUUUCUAAUUCUGACUUUGGCGCGGACGCUCGAUUGGCAAUGAAUGUGUCUCUCGAAGAAACCGCCAUCGUAAUCCACCAGAUACUCCAAGUUUUUGCCAUCGAAAACUUCCAUGAAAUGCCGGGAACACUGGCCUGUAUUCAGACGGGCCACACACUCGUUGGAAUUCGCGGAAAUUUAUCAGAGCUAGAAAAUCUUUGCGUCACAUAUUUCAACAAACCUUUUGGCGAAAAAGCGAAGAACAAAACUGUUUUGGCACAGUUGGCGCUCCAAUUAAUUCAAGACACUCGUGGCGUGAUUACAAUCGUCCAAAAACAGCCUGGAUCAUUUGAUAUGACAACAAGUAACCUCUUGUCCGGGUCAUAA